AUGUCUAUUCGCGGCUGCACCCUGGCAUGUUUAAUACUGACAUGUUCGGCUUUCCAGGACCCUAGAAUUCGAGGCCUGUACGAUGAGAACAUUGAAGCACGCAUCUGGAGAACUAUCCUGACCGGGGCGCCUCGAAUAGGUGAUGUAGGUUGGCCGCAAUACACACAAGGAGCCCACAACAACACUCCAUCCUCCAACUCCGAGCCAGGGACCUAUGUCGACACUGAUGCUGAGGGAUGGACGGCGGGUUUUUUCCCUGACAGUCUCUGGCAAUUGUACCAUCGCAAGACAACCCUUGUUUCCCAUAGAAGGCCGUACGAGAAUGAGCCCGAUCUCGACCAAUGGCUCUCGCAAACCCAGGCCUGGACCGAUCCUCUCAUCACCAAUGUCAAUCUUACCAAUACACACGACAUAGGCUUUCUCGCCAAGCCUUUCGAGUCGGCGCUCAACUACAACAACGAGACCAAGUAUCUUCCUGUCCUGGGACGAAUGAGUCUCAACCUGGCAUCUCGUUAUGUCCCAGCUCCAGGCGUCAUCCGCUCUUGGAAUACAAACAACGACUCUUUCAGCCAACGUGGCUCGCACGAAGAUUCUGUGCUGGUGAUUAUCGACAAUAUGAUGAAUCUUGCCCUCCUAGCUCGCUCGGCAUCCACGUAUACCCACAAUGAGACCCUCCUGGAGAUCGCGGUAUUCCAUGCCAAUAGGACUAGAGACCACCAUAUUCGCCCCGAUGGCUCAUCAUUCCACGUCUGUGACUACAGUGGGACUACCGGCGAGUUGUACCUUUGUCGUACAGCUCAAGGUCUUGCCGACAACUCAACCUGGGCGAGAGGUCAGGCAUGGGCGAUUUACGGCUUUGCUGAGAUUUACUCUUUCACGGGUGACGAGUCGUACCUGCAAACAUCGAUUCAAGCGGCAGACUGGUUUCUGGAACAUCUGCCACAAGAUGGUGUCCCUUUCUGGGAUUUCGACGCUCCGUAUCUGCGGAAUGUGACUCCGAGGGACAGUUCUGCGGCUACAAUAGCGGCGAGUGGGUUGUUGCUUCUGCAAGAGCAAAUCGACAAUAAAGCUGGCAGUGGUGGUGGAUGGCAUGGGCAAGGCCAUUGGAAUGGUGGGCGCGGAAGGAGAGACUAUCGUGCAGCUGCUGUUAAGCUGCUUCAGGAUGUUCUGGACCUCAGCCUUGCUGGCAAGAUAACGUACUCAUCGAUUGGUCCCGCGAACCCGAACUCAACGCUAGGAGCUGUGACCGACGUUUCGACCCCUGCGAAUACAGCUCUUUCGAGAGGGUUUGAGUCCAUCUUGAUGCAUGCCACUGCGAACAACAAUCCGAAUGCUGGUGAUGGGCGAAGUUACGACACGGGGUUGGUGUAUGGAGACUUUUAUCUCAUUGAAGCCGGCAAUAGAUUGCUAGAGCAUGGCAGUAGCAACCACUGGUCGAAGUGA